GAGUGCUUUGAAUCUAGUUCUACGAUAUGGUAUUUAAAAUAAAUCAAUACUGUAACAUAUCACAGCUGAUUUUUAAUGUAGUUCACGCUCCGCCUUCAUUCUACUGCCGGUGCCCGCGAACGGGAAGUGACGUGUAUCCGGUGUAAUGGCGGCGCGGUGGAGUUCUAGGUGACGAUUGCAGACAGAAAAAAUAAACUUUCAAGAGAUUCAGACCACUGGGUACUUGUUGCUUGGAACAACUUAAGGAGUGUUCGAUUUAUUGGGUCAGUUGGCAACAGAAAAUGAAAAGUAGUGUGGCACAGAUAAAACAUUCUUCUGGUCAUGACAGAAGGGAAAACUAUAAUUCACAUCAGAGGACCUCCUCUCCAGAAGACAGAUAUGCAGAACAAGAAAGAUCCCCCCGGGAGAGAGAUUACUUUGAUUACAGCAGGUCAGACUAUGAGCAUUCAAGAAGAGGACAUUCUUAUGAUAGUGGCAUGGAGUCACGAAGUAGGGACCGAGAAAAACGAAGAGAAAGAGAUAUGGAUCGGAAAAGGUCCCGGAAAUCCCCAUCUCCUGGGAGAAGAAGCCCAGAGCCAUCCGUAACCCAGAGUUCCUCUGCUCAGGAUGAACCUACUGCAAAGAAGAAGAAAGAUGAAGUGGAUCCUCUCCUUACUCGAACUGGUGGAGCAUAUAUUCCUCCUGCAAAGCUCAGGAUGAUGCAAGAACAGAUCACAGAUAAAAGCAGCUUAGCAUACCAGAGGAUGAGCUGGGAGGCACUGAAGAAGUCAAUCAAUGGACUUAUUAACAAAGUUAACAUUUCUAACAUAGGUAUUAUUAUUCAAGAACUUCUUCAAGAAAAUAUAGUUAGAGGAAGAGGACUGCUAUCCAGGUCUGUUUUGCAAGCACAGAGUGCUUCUCCAAUCUUCACUCAUGUUUAUGCAGCACUGGUGGCAAUUAUCAACUCAAAAUUUCCACAGAUCGGAGAAUUAAUCCUCAAGAGGUUAAUUCUUAAUUUUCGAAAAGGCUAUCGAAGAAACGAUAAGCAACUUUGUCUGACUGCUUCAAAAUUUGUGGCCCAUCUUAUUAACCAAAAUGUGGCACAUGAAGUUUUAUGCCUGGAGAUGCUCACUUUGCUCCUGGAAAGACCUACAGAUGAUAGUGUUGAAGUAGCUAUUGGUUUUCUCAAGGAAUGUGGCCUCAAAUUAACAGAAGUAUCACCGAGAGGAAUUAAUGGUAAGUGUAUCCUUGCUUUGAUACUGAGCUUUUAUUUGCAUAUUAUAAUUAUAAUAUUUACUGCUUAUUUUAUUGUCUUUUCUUUCUGUUUAACUUUAGCUAUAUUUGAACGCCUUCGAAACAUUCUCCAUGAGUCUGAAAUCGACAAAAGAGUUCAGUAUAUGAUUGAAGUGAUGUUUGCAGUACGGAAGGAUGGAUUCAAGGAUCACCCGGUUAUCCUAGAGGGACUUGACCUAGUGGAAGAAGAUGAUCAGUUCACCCAUAUGCUCCCUCUGGAGGAUGACUAUAAUCCUGAAGAUGUUCUUAAUGUUUUCAAGAUGGAUCCUAAUUUUAUGGAGAAUGAAGAGAAAUACAAAGUCAUUAAGAAGGAAAUUCUUGAUGAAGGAGACAGUGACUCAAACACAGACCAAGAUGCUGGAAGUAGUGAUGAGGAGGAGGAAGAAGAGGAUGAAGAGGGAGAAGAAGAUGAAGAAGGACAAAAAGUCACUAUUCAUGACAAAACAGAAAUUAAUCUGGUCUCCUUUCGUCGCACAAUUUAUCUUGCUAUUCAGUCAAGUUUAGAUUUUGAAGAAUGUGCUCACAAACUGUUGAAAAUGGAGUUUCCUGAGAGUCAAACAAAAGAACUCUGCAACAUGAUACUUGAUUGCUGUGCCCAGCAAAGGACAUAUGAGAAAUUUUUUGGCUUAUUAGCUGGGCGUUUUUGCAUGCUAAAAAAAGAAUACAUGGAAUCCUUUGAAAGUAUAUUCAAAGAACAGUAUGAUACCAUUCAUCGCUUGGAAACAAACAAAUUGAGAAAUGUUGCCAAGAUGUUUGCUCAUCUUUUAUACACUGAUUCACUUCCAUGGAGUGUUCUUGAAUGUAUAAAGCUGAGUGAAGAAACCACUACAUCAUCCAGUAGAAUUUUUGUCAAAAUAUUUUUCCAGGAACUAUGUGAAUACAUGGGUCUUCCUAAACUUAAUGCAAGAUUAAAGGAUGAAACUCUGCAGCCAUUCUUUGAAGGAUUAUUACCCCGAGAUAAUCCAAGAAACACUCGGUUUGCCAUCAACUUUUUUACUUCUAUAGGUCUUGGAGGUUUAACGGAUGAGUUGCGCGAGCAUCUCAAGAAUACACCAAAGGUCAUCAUGGCACAGAAACCAGAUGUUGAGCGAAAUAAAUCCUCGCCCUCCUCUUCCUCUUCUGCGUCCUCCUCUUCAGAGUCUGACUCCUCUGACUCUGAUUCUGACAGCAGGGAUAACAGUUCAGAAUCGUCCAGUGAAGAGAGUGGGUCUUCGUCUACCGGUAGUCGUAGCUCUGCCUCAGCUAAAAAUAUAAGAAAGAAGGCACAAGGGAAGACCAGAAGUAAAGAAGUAGAUAAAUUGAUUAGGAAACAACAAACAAAUGAUAGAAAGCAAGAAGAAAGAAGACCAGAACAGAGGCACCAGGAAACAAGGACUGAGAGAGAAAGGAGGUCAGAAAAACAUAGAGAUCAAAAUUCAAGAGAUCCAAAUCGGAGAGAGGCCACUACAAAAUACACUUCAGACAGAGGUGUUCCUUCUGAACGAGAUAGUUACAGUAGGGUUGCAAAUGACAGAGACCAAGAAAUGUACAUAGAUUUGGAAAAUAAGCAUAGUGAUCCCAAAAAGAAAAGAGAAGAGAGGAGAAAUUCUUUCUCUGAAAAUGAGAAGCACAGACACCGAACUAAGGAUAGUGAAAAUUUCAGAAGAAAAGGGAGAUCAAAGUCAAGGGAAAAAAAUAGCAAACAUUCAGGCUCUAGAAGCGAUGACAACAGGUAUCAGAAUGGUGCUGAGAGACGAUGGGAAAAAUCGAGCAGCUACUCUGAACAAUCCAGAGAACCAGAGAAAAAUCAGGACCGGCGAAGAGAAAAGUCUCCAACAAAGCAAAAAUAAUUUUACAAAAUAAUACAAACUGAACAUGCCUUACAUUCAGUUGAAACAAAAUAUUUUUUACAUUGAUUGACGAACUUUAUAGAGAAUUCUUGUAUAAAGUACUGGUUUGUAUUUGUACAUUUAAAAAAUGUUUUCAUUUCACCACAUUUUAUAAUUGGUACAUCUCAAGCCCCUCCACAUAAACUUAUUUGAAGGGAAAAGUUUCUCCAGAGAGUGAUGUAAGACUUACUUAUAUUUUGUAAAUAAAAUGAUCAAAUGCUCAUUGAAUCAGUGAUUUUUUUCAUUGACAGAACAUUUUCUUCUCAUAAUAAUGUUUCCAGUUGUUUACAGUACUACUGUUCAUACAGCUGCUGAUGAAUUAUUAAUGGCUUUUUAUUUGUAACUGAAGACCAAAGUAAUUGAACCAGUUCAGUUUAACGUUUUUGGUUUGUUAAUGAGAUGUUAGUUAUGAGCCUAUUUUUUUUUACAGUAGAGGGUUUAUUGCAAGUUUCAUAUUAUGUCUUGAAAAAAAGAGGCAUGUGCAGUUUUUCUCACAAGUAUUGCAGUGAAGCUAGGUGUAUAUCGUCUUUAAAAAGAUGCACAGCUAUAUUGUUUAUAAUUAGAAUUUCAGUCAGUAACAUUUCUGGACUGCUAGAUAACAUUUAAUUGAAAUUCUUUGUGAUUAGUGCUUUUUCUCAUCCUUGAGGUUUUAUCACUUUUGGUGAAUUAAUGUGUAUUUAAUUUUUAAUAUGGAUUAAUAGGUUAUUGGAAAAGAUAUAGUCAUGAAAAAUGUGUACAGCCUAAGUGUGAAAUAAUUCCAGUUUUUAAUAAGAAUUUUUAAAGGUUUCCACCGUUGUAACUCUCAGUAAUUAAUAUGUGACCAUAAUAUUUAUUACAUUUGAAAUAAAAAUGUUGCCUCUGAGAUCUUAGAUUUUCUGACAGAUAUUUAACCUUACAUAUUAGAUAGACUUAUUGUGCUUGCUCAUUUUAAAAGUACAUAAAAUCCAUUUUAGUCAAUGUCUGGGUUCAAGAAUAGGGAGACCACCAUCCUCAUAUUUGGCUCUUAAGCAU